AUGAUGCGCCUUCCGCAGUCAGUGGCUCUUUUUUCAAUUGUGAUUGUACUGAUAAUUUCUGCCUCCGUUGGGGGCAUUCGAGUACUUCCAUCAGCUGCAAGAUCUGCUGCGGGUGAUGUUGUCUCUUCAAUUCUGCAAGAUCGACAGCAGCAGCAGAACCACGAAAGCAACAGUGACAGACAUCGAGAAUUGCCUUCAGUUGACGUUCCUUUUCCAUCGUCUGCUGAUGAUCAUGCAGUCAAGUCGUUGCCACUGUUGUCAGAGGGCACUUUGACCACAAAACACUGGGCUGGGCUGCUGCCGGCAUCGGCUGGGGGAGAUAAAUACUUCUUCUAUUGGUUGUUUGCUCCCGAUACAUCCCAGCAUUCGGAUCUGUCAGAUAGUGACAUUCCGCUGGUUAUUUGGCUCAAUGGAGGCCCUGGCUGCUCAUCAAUGGAUGGCUUAUUCCUGGAAAAUGGUCCUUUGCGAUUCGAGCGGAAAGAUGGCAGUGGCAAUUAUCAGCUUGUUGCUGCACAGCACAGCUGGCACAAAACUCCUGCCUACAUGCUGUACAUUGACCAGCCUGUGGGGACUGGCCUCAGUUUUACUACUUCACGCAAGUACCCAAAAAAUGACAAAGAGGUCGACACUGAUUUUUACUACUUUUUGCAAUCAUUCCUGAAGGCACACAGUGAUAAGUUCGUAACAUCACAAAGAUUAAACCGGCCCUUCUACUUCUCGGGCGAAUCCCACGCUGGGCAUUACAUUCCCUCCAUGAUGGCAUUCAUCUUGAAUCAGAACAAGCAGCUGGGUUCAGAUGGAAUCUAUGUGCCUCUUUCUGGGGCGGCCAUUGGUAAUGGAUGGGUAGACCCCUUUCACCAAUACGCUGCAGCUGAAGCGGCCUAUGGCCAUGGAAUCAUUGACCGGGCUCAAAAGGCAGCUUUGGCAGACAAAGAGAAACAAUGCCAAGAUGGUCUCAACCAGAAACGAUACACAAGCGCAAAAUGCUUCGAUUUGCUUGAUGAUAUUGUGAAACAGUCAUAUGGUUCGAAAAGCAACUUCAAAGUCAGUCAGUAUGAUGUUCGCCAAGUGGAAUCUAGACGAGGAUCAAGAAACUUCCCUCCAGGCCACAAAACCGUUGAAACUUAUUUGGGUGGCAGAGGUAGUGCAGCAGGAAUGACCACAGCGACAAUGAACGAUGCACUGCAAGCCAUUCAUGCCUCUGAAUCUCGAUCAGCAGGCCAAAUGUACCAGGAAUGCACCAACCCACCAUAUGAUGCACUUAGCCAUCAAGAUGGUUUGGGUGUUGUCAAGGAGGUUGUCCAGGUUUUGGAACAUGAGCCAGCAAAAGGUGAAAGUGAUAUCAGGCUGCUAUUUUUCAAUGGUGUAACAGACUUGAUUUGUAAUCAUGUGGGCAAUGAGAUCGCCUUGGAACGGCUUAAUUGGAAACACCAAUCUGACUGGACAAAGGCGACACGAACAGCUUGGAAAUCUAAGUCACAGGCGGGGGACAAAAUUUCAGGAUACAUCAAGGAAUUCAACAAUCUGCUAUAUCUAAAAGUUAUGGAUUCUGGCCACAUGGUCCCAAUGGAUGUGCCUGAAGUGGCAUUGGAUAUGAUGCGAUUGUUUCUUUAUGGUGGCCAGGGAGCCUUUCAGUACAGUCCCCAAAACUUGGACAGGUUGGCGAAUACUGACAGACAAUGUCCUUCUUGCCCGGUCUGUGCAGCAAACAUCACAAAUAUUGAGAUUGAUGCUCGGAGUGGUGCUGAAACAGGUGGUGGCAAUGAUGACAAGUCUGCUGCGGACAAUAUAAACCUAUUGGUUGGACUGGGGUUUGGAGCAGUGGUCAUUGUUGUCGCUAUUGGCCUGCACCGUCGAUCAAAGUAUGGAAAUCACAGCAAUGUUUCCACCUAUGAUCUGGAAAUGAGGGGAGGCACCUACUUUGAUGACCCAGACACUAAUGGUGACAAAACGGCGUCGAACUUUGGUGAAAGAUAA